AUAGGAAUAGUUCCUCAGCUGUCUUUGUAAAAGAAGACAUAGGGAAUACUUUCUUCUUUUUAACCCAAAAAUCUUUUAAUCCUUGAAAUACCUAUAAAGAUGAGCUGUAUUCCUGCCUCACACAGUAUGAGCACCAUUCUCAGUCAAGUAGAAUCUCAGAUGGACGACAGUUCAGUUCAGAGAAGAGGUAGCAGAGCCUACCAGAUCUUUCCAGAAGCCAACAAGAAUGAAGAUUCAGAUUCCAGUUCCUACCCUGAAGACUUUCUGUAUAGGAGGGAGCGUCUCCCCUCUAUUGUUGUGGAGCCCACAGAGCACAGUGAGUUGGAGAGCAGGGAGCUUCACUGGCCUCGACGAUGCCAAAUGAGCAACAAUGUGAAUGAUGAGGAGGAAAAAUCUGGUGAUCACACAGAGGUCUCUGUGGAUGGAGCUCAGCAGGAGGACAUGGGAAUGGAAGAACGCUCAGUUGCCAGGAAGUCUUCUAUUGGACCAUCCCAGAGUCAACUAUCCCUCUCACGGCUGACUCCACCUGACUCCCCCCCCCACCUUGAAGCUGCUCCACCAUGUCUGAAGAGUACAGAGAACAGUACAGACUGACAUAAUUGCAGUUUACCUGAAUUGUGUGUAUUUAAAAUGUGUAAUCAGGUCGUGAGUGC